AUGGAAACCGGCCAUUAUCACGAAUGGGCGACACUAUUCAAAGUCCUAGCCCGCGUUCACUCCGUCCUUGAACACAUCAUACCACCAACUGACACCGCUGAACUCACAGCGUAUGACGCAACAAAGGCAGCUAACCUUCCGCUCUGGAAACGGCUAGAUGCGGUGGUCCUUCAAUGGAUAUACGCCACCGUCUCCCAUGAUAUUCUUACCUCUAUUCUCGUGGCGGAUGAUGUUGCCGAGAAGGCUUGGAAUCGAGUUGCUCAGCUUUUCCAAGAUAAUAAGCACUCACGGGCAGCGUACCUUGAAACUGAAUUCACCACCACAAAAAUGGCCGACUUCGGCUCGGUUAUGGCCUAUUACAAUAGGCUCAAGUCUCUCACGGAUCAGCUUGCCAACGUCGGGUCGCCAGUGUCCGACCAACGUCUGGUCUUGCGCCUUCUAGCCGGCUUACGCAGUCGUAUGCACACUUUGUCACCACCAUCCAACAGAAAGAUGUUUUGCCUUCUUUCUCAAGUGUGCUCCGGACUCGAAGCUCGAAGAUGCGGCGACCAAGGAACGUGCCCGCGAUUCCAAUCCCGCGGCUCUCCUUGUUCGAUGUGA